GUCAUAACUGUGUACGAGAGAGAGAGAGGGAGAGGGAGAGAGAGAGAGAGAGAGAGAGAGCACGGAGGUGGUGUGUGGACUAGCAAUGGUGCCAGUGUUCAGUAAUUAUAAAGGAGAAGGAAGAGAAGAAAGAAAACGACAGAGAAUAAGACAGCAGACGGCACGGAGAGCGAGAAAGUGAGAUAGAGAGAGAAAGAGAGAGAGAGAGAGAGAGAGAGAGAGAGCGCUUAGUCAGAAGAGACUGAGCAACAAGCUUGAGUGAGCGCGAGACAGAGAGAGAGAGAGAGAGACGGACAAUUAGAGAGAGAGAGAGAGAUAUAGAGUGAGAGAGAGACGAGGUGGCUUGUAUGCAGUGUGUGUGCGUUCAGGGUGUGUAAGCUGUGAUUGCUGCUGUGAACCUGUUGAAUUCUCAGAGUGGAACAUGUCUGAGCUCAGCCUCGCUUCAUAUCUCCGCUCAGAGUUCAGGGACUGAGAAAGUUGACAGUGUGAGACAUGGAUUAACCCCACAAAGAAAUUACUACAUUGUUGGAAUUAUAAGUAAUGUGAAUUAUUCUUUGGAAUAGCCAGGACCUUUCAGGUGUCCCGUGUCCAUACAGUUCAAAAUAUGUUCUCUCGCAAUCGAUUCGAUGGCCAGGGAGGGACCGGGGCCCCACAGUAUGGCCGACACAAGAACAAGCCGGUGGUGCAGAAGAGGAGGCAGCCGAACCCAAGGGUGGCCAUCAUGCUACGUGGGAAGAUCCACCGUCUCCUUCAGGGCUCUGCUGAUCACUCUGUUCCAGCUUCACAUCUUUACUAUGCUGGAAUUGAAGAGGAAGAUCUAGAAGAGGCCAAGGACAUGCAAAAGGAACAGAGCUGCUGCAGGAGGGGGAUUGCUUCUGUCGAGGUCUGCAACCUCCCGCCAGUCUCAAAUGGAAAAGAACACGAUGGAGUUGCAGGAGCAUGCUGCGUUGGAGAGGUCGAGCUGAACCAAGAGGGAGGCAUACGAAUCCCUUGCACUUUGCAACACAUCAAUCCAACAGAGUUACACGCAACUCAGGAUGUCAACGGACCAUCGUUUGCAUUUGGCAGAGGGCUUGCUGGUGGGACUUCAACAGAAAGAAAAGAUCUGCUUUGCCGGUUUAACAUGGUGAUGCAGGACAAGAUUGUGGAGGAAGAUGAGGAUGUUGAUGCAGAGGAGGAAUCGAGUGCCAUUAUUGAGCAUAUACUGAAGGAACUGAAGGGCAUCAAUAAAAUCCAGGAAGAAAUCUCAGACCUACGGGAGUAUCUGUCUUCUGUCCGUGGAUCUGUUGAAGAGGUGUCCAGCUGUGUCGAUGCAGUUUUAAUGGAGAUUGAAGGAAUUCGCUCAGGUACCAGGUCUGGUGUGGAGACAUGGCCUGGUGCAGGGUCCAAGCAUGAACAUGAUCAAUCAGACAGUCCUUUUAGAGAGACCUGUGACAAACUCCGUGCUCUAGAACCUAUGAGUUCUGGUAUGCAAGCAGGGUAUAAAGUGUUCGAUAAACAACGCAAACAAACGUGUCCCCUGAGGCUACAAAAAGACUCCUGUGGAGCUGCAUCUAAAUUUACCACAACUAGUGACACUGGCCAUAAUCUCCUUGGACAUGGUAUGCCUGAACAAAGCUCGGAUAUAUCCCCAAACACAGUAAGAAGGAAGCAAAGUCUUGACUACCUCGAACAUCAAGAUGGUCAGGACUGUUUCAGUACUAGCUCCCUUUCCUCGGGUCAGAGUUCUAAGUCUGAAUCUGACCAGGAGAGACCUUCAUCUGGACAAGUGCACAGAAGAGAUGAGGCACAGAACUGGAAUCAAACAAGCCUGGAACCCAGUGGGAGCAGGGAGACGAGGUGGAGUGGAGAUUAUCCGUAUUUCAGAAAAGACAGUUUUGAAGAAGGCACUGGAGAUAGGGAUACCUGGGACCUUUUUAGAGAUGAAGGUGCUUCUACUGAACUGGAAGAAUCAACUUCAGAGUGCACUGCAGUCUCUUCCAGUCUGCACUACAAUUCUCCUGCUAGCACAUGUAGUAGGGAUGAGUGUCAUGGUCAUAGAAGUAAACCAAAUCCAUGCAAGGUGGAUGGACAUGCUGAGGGCUCAGCUGUGGACUACAGUGAUUUUGUAGGUGUUUGUGAUUAUUCCAAAAUGACACUUCCUUCAACACUAAGUCAUAAGUUUACUGUUGCCGAUUGUAAAGUGAAUCUUACAGGUUCCUCGUCUGAGACCAGCACAUACCCUGCUGUGAAUUCGGAGUCUACAGGGAACACAGUCUGUCUAGUGAAGCCAGGUUAUGCAACAAGUUCUCAUGAAUACAUUCUUGAACAGGAGAUGGAAACACACCAUGAAAGCAACAAUGUAGGGUUUAAUGUUAAAAAAUUUGGAAGGGCAGUGCUGGAUUUCAGAUCUGCACUGAAGAUGGCAUUAAAGAAGCUAGAUGCAGAUGAUGCAGCCACAGUGGAGAAAGCUGAAAGCUCAAGUGAGCCUCAAGCAGGGCAAGACUUUCUGGACAGUGAAUCACCCAGUGAGGAGAUGGACUCUCUUUGUGUUGAGACCCUACAAGCAGACAGUUUAAAUGCAAACCGCUCAGCACCAUCUCGAGACUGCACAUCAGAUCCUGACCAUGUAGAGCCAAAGGAGUCCAUCUCAUCCUCUUCAAAUCCUUGUGACACCAUAACAGAAUCUGUUGAGGGCAGCAUGCAGGCUAUGGAUACUAUGGAUACAAUGCUUUUCUCAAAACUGCAGCUCUCUAGCCAUACAACUACGGUCUGCCACCCCGACCACCUGACCACCGAAUCACGCUCAGUCUCUGUGCCUGCUGAGAAAACCUCAGAGGACCCCACAGGAGCACAGGCAGAGGAUGGAGCACAGGAAGGAAACCAACAUUCAGAAUUGAGCAUGAGAGAUGUUCGUAGACUAAAGUGCCUGAGAACCUUCCAGCAGAUCCUUAGAGAGAAGAGAGAGAGCAGAAGACGCCUCGGCAUGGUGACCAUGUUCUCAGGGUCUGAAGGUGAUUUCAACCAAGAUGGGAGUCAGGAUGAAGUCCAGACACAGAGUAAAGAUGGAGGAUCAAACCCACAACCAUGGACCAGUACUGGUGGAGGAGGAGGAGGGAUCUUUGGGAUUGACAGCAUGCCUGAUCUGCGCAGGAGGAAACCGAUCCCUUUGGUUAGCGAAGUGGCUAUGUCAUUGGUGCAGUCCAGAAAAGCCGCCAUUUCGUAUUCCCUGGCGUCUCGACCCUCACUCAAGGACGAGGAUCUGAAGAGUCACGUGUACAAGAAAACGCUUCAGGCUCUGAUCUACCCCAUCUCCUGCACCACGCCACACAACUUCGAGGUGUGGACAGCCACCACACCCACCUACUGCUACGAGUGUGAGGGGCUGCUGUGGGGUCUUGCACGCCAGGGCAUGAGGUGCACCGAGUGUGGGGUCAAGUGCCACGAGAAGUGCCAAGAGCUUCUCAACGCCGACUGCCUACAGAGGGCAGCGGAGAAGAGCAGUAAAACAGGUGCAGAGGACCGAAACCAACACAUCAUCUCCGCCAUGAAAGACCGCAUGAAGAUACGCGAGAGGAACAAGCCUGAGAUCUUUGAAGCCAUUCGCACCGUCUUCAUUGUCACCAAGCUGAACCACGCUCAGCAGAUGAAGACUGUUAAACAGGCCGUGUUGGACGGGACCUCCAAAUGGUCCGCUAAGAUCUCCAUCAAAGUACUGAGUGCUCAGGGUCUACAGGCUAAAGACCGCACCGGCUCCAGUGACCCCUACGUUACGGUGCAGGUGGGCAAAACCAAGAAGAGAACCAAGACCAUCUACGGAAACCUGAACCCCGUGUGGGAGGAAACGUUCAACUUCGAGUGCCAUAACUCAUCAGACCGUAUAAAAGUCCGUGUUUGGGAUGAAGAUGAUGAUAUAAAGUCUCGGGUGAAGCAGAGGCUGAAGCGAGAGUCAGAUGACUUUCUGGGUCAGAGCAUCAUUGAGGUCCGGACACUGAGCGGAGAGAUGGAUGUGUGGUACAACCUAGAGAAGCGCACAGAUAAGUCGGCUGUGUCAGGAGCCAUCAGGUUGCAGAUCAGUGUGGAGAUUAAAGGAGAGGAGAAAGUGGCACCGUACCACCUACAGUACACCUGCCUACAUGAGAAUAUCUUCCACUACCUGAUGGACAUUGAGGGACAGGGUGUGGUGAAGCUGCCUGAUGCUCGUGGUGAUGAUGCUUGGAAGGUUUAUUUUGAUGAAGUGGAGCAGGAAAUUGUAGACGAGUUCGCCAUCCGCUACGGCAUCGAGUCUAUCUACCAGGCAAUGACACAUUUUGCGUGUCUCUCCUCUAAGUACAUGUGUACCGGUGUUCCUGCAGUGAUGAGCACUCUGCUGGCAAACAUCAACGCUUUCUUUGCUCACCCCACCUCCAGCACCAGUGUUUCCGCAAGUGACCGCUUUGCAGCCUCCAACUUCGGGCGAGAACGCUUCAUCAGGCUCCUGGAUCAGUUACACAACUCCCUUCGCAUAGACUUGUCUAGCUACAGGAAUAAUUUCCCAGCCAGCAGCAAAUCUCGCCUAUUAGACCUCAAGUCCACUGUAGACCUUCUGACCAGCAUCACCUUCUUCAGAAUGAAGGUACAGGAGCUUCAGGCGCCCCCACGGGCUGCUCAUGUGGUGAGGGAUUGUGUGAAGGCGUGUCUCAACUCCACAUACGAGUACAUCUUCAACAACUGUACUGAGCUUUACAGCACGCAGUUCCAGACACACACACAGCCUCAGAAACGAAAGAAAGAGGGGGAUGGGGAAGAGGAGAAAAAGGAGGAUCUAAAUGAGGAGGAGGCAGGGCCAAGCAUCCUGAACCUGGACUUCUGGCCCAAAAUUAUCACACUCAUAGUGUCCAUCAUUGAGGAGGACAGGAACUCAUACACACCAGUUAUAAACCAGUUUCCUCAGGAGCUGAAUGUAGGGAGACUGAGUGCUGAUGUCAUGUGGACGCUUUUUGCUCAGGAUAUGAAGUAUGCACUAGAAGAACACGAGAAACACAGGCUGUGUAAGAGUUCUGACUACAUGAACCUUCAUUUCAAAGUGAAGUGGCUCUACAACGAGUACGUCAGAGAUCUGCCCUCUGUCUCGAACACGGUGCCCGAGUACCCAAACUGGUUUGUACCGUUUGUGCUGCAGUGGUUGGGUGAGAAUGAGGACGUGUCCAUGGAGUUCAUGCACGGUGCUCUGGAGAGGGACAAGAGAGAUGGGUUCCAGCCGAUGUCUGAGCAUGCUCUGUUCUCCUGCUCGGUGGUGGACGUCUUCACUCAGCUCAACCAGAGCUUUGAUAUCAUUAAGAAGCUCGACUGUCCCGACCACAGCAUCGUGGCCCAGUACCACCGCCGCUUCGCCGAGACCAUCAGUAAAGUGCUGCUGCAGUACUGCACCUCUCUGUCCAACAGCUUCCCAUCUUACUGCGAGAAGGAGAAUACGGUCAGCAACUUACUCACACUCACAUACUGUACACUCCAUCUGUAGUGGAAGUCACCUUCAGUGU